AUCUGUGAAGUGACUUUAUUUGUGAAAAUGUCUGCUCGGCAUUGUCGUCUUUCCUUGAUCAAAGUCUUGUAAGAAACGAAGUAAUGGCAGCUGCCUUUAGAUUGUCCAAAGUGUUCAGCUUCGUGUCUCGUAGGUGUGUGCCGUUAAUCCGUAGUCAAACUCUCCGGUUAGUUUUGGGUACGUCUACCGUGGUUCGACUCCGGAGCACCCUGCACGUUGAUAUUGAGCAAUGUGACAUCAACACACCGAUCCCUUUAUCCGGCAUCCCAGACUUUGAUAAUGAAUUUUUGAAGACCAAAGAUGCUACAACAACUCUAUAUGAAGUCACACUUGGUAUCCUGGUAAAAACCGAAAAUGAAUGCACACAACUCAUCUAUAAACUCAUAAAUUAUUACUCUGACUAUAUGAAAUUUGUAGGCCGCCUUGAUGAAGAAGGGGAAAGAUUAUGGUGUCUCAUCAUUGACACUCGAACAGAAAUAAAUGAUUGCAAAGACAAAAUCCAGAAAUUACAAAUGGUUUUAAGCAGUAUGGACAGGCUAAUCAUGCAGUUAGCGGAAGUUGCCUUUAUGUCAGGUAAUGAAGAAUUGAGUUCUGAGAUUCAUUCCUCCCCGCUGCAAAUGUGGCAGGAAGCUGAUGAAGCAAAAGAAAGAAGACUAUAUGCCAGUGGAUUGAUGAAUGAAUGUAUUGCGAAAGACAUCUUAGUAACAAGUGAUGUUGAGCCCCGGAAUGAUGUCUCUAAUGCAAGUUACAAAACCGAACAAGUCCAAGAUAUUUCAAAACCUAAACAGCCAACUAAUUCUGACAUGGAUUCAAUACAAAAGUGACAACUUUGUAUGACAGAAGCAUUACAAGUUAAUGAAAUAGCUUCUAUGUUGUUACUCAGCUUGCUUGAAAAAGCAUUUAAAUCUCUUUCAAAUAAUACAUUCCUAUUGUCAAAAAAAAAUGAAAAAGGAAGUGACAUGUUAACCCUUUUUGAUACCAUCCUGCCUGAAACCACCCUUGGUACUCUGAUACAAAUUCACUGUUUUAAAAUGGUCUAAAUUAAAACCUCCAUCAAAAUUUCAUGUUAAUUUGUAUUCCAGACUCCAGUUUAAUAAUAACGAAGUUAAUUUAAUAAAUUCUUCAUUACUUUCAAAUUUAAUUGAAACAAAGGCAGUUUAAAUACAUGGAGCCAAAUCAAACUAUUUUAAAUAAUAUUUAUAUCUAUCUAUCUA